GCUCUUUCGUUCGCUCUUUCUCACAGUCCUCCCAGCUUCAGAUCACCCGGGAAGGAAGAAGGGGCGGGGCCUGGUAGAAGAGAGGGAGGCGAGGAAGGAAGCUCGCUCGCCUCACGGAACGGGCACGCGCCCGUAGUGGUGCGUGCCAUGACGUCAGCGCGCCCUGGCGCGGAGAGGGGGCGGAGCCCAGCUCGCCUAGCCUGCUGGUGCUUGGGGGUCUCCGGUAGCCGGGUCUCCGAACGGAGAGCCGUGGGUCCAGCAGGAACGGAGUACAUCAGAGCAGAAGAGUCUCUGGGAGCGUGGCUGGUCUACUCGAAUUCGGACUAGGCAUCAUCACAACGCUCCGUCUUCGCUUCCUCUAUCCAGAGGCUCCUCCUCUCUCCAUCCCCGGCCAUGGAAUUCCCGGACCUGGGAGCUCACUGCUCGGAGGCGACCUGUCAGCGAUUGGAUUUCCUGCCUCUCAAGUGUGAUGCCUGCUCUGGCAUAUUCUGUGCAGACCAUGUGGCCUAUGAUCAGCAUCAUUGUGGCUCUGCCUACCAAAAGGAUGUACAGGUGCCUGUAUGCCCACUGUGUAAUGUACCAGUGCCGGUGGCGAGAGGGGAAUCUCCUGACAGAGCUGUUGGGGAGCAUAUUGACAGAGACUGUCGAUCUGACCCAGCACAACGCAAGCGCAAGAUCUUUACCAAUAAGUGUAGCCGCCCUGGCUGCAGGCAACGGGAAAUGAUGGAGCUGACCUGUGAACGAUGUGGCCGAAACUUCUGUCUCAAGCACAGGCACCCACUGGACCAUGAGUGCCCUGGGAACAAAUUGCCUUCGAGCCAGCCUGGACUUGCUGCUAUCUCCAGAGCCCAGGGCUUAGGUUCUAGCCCAGCCCCAGUCCCUGGCCAAGGGUUGGGUAGAACCUCAUCCCCCUCUGAAAGCAGAGUUGCUGAGUCACCAACUCAUGCCUUGCAGAAUGGCCUGAGUGAAGAUGAAGCCCUACAGCAAGCACUGAUCCUGUCCCUGACUGAGAACAAGUCCAGUGCCCCUAGUUCUCAAGAGGAGGAAGACUUGGCUCUGGCCCAAGCAUUGUCUGCCAGUGAAGAGGAAUAUCGCAAACAGCAGGCCCAGAGUCGAAGCCUGAAACCCUCCAACUGCAGCCUUUGCUAGGGCCCUGGGAGCAGGGAGGGUGACUCGGCUUAGAGGGGCUGUGGCCCUCACACUUCCAGGGUCCCUUGGAAGAGGCCAGAAGCUCAAAACAAGAGUGACGGUGGGAAUCCUGAGCUGGAUUAAGGAAGGACACACCAGGAGCGGCUCGAGUUUGAGGUGGCAGGAACCCCUACUCAAUGUACCCAUGUUUGAAGGGGUAGGUGGAACUUGGCUUGGAGAGAAUAUCCCUUUUCCCCUUGGUAAUCCCAGUGGAGGAGUCGUCUCUGGAGAUGUCACCUUUGCCCCUUGAGUUGGUUGGCAGAUAGGACUUGGAAGGGAAUAAAGCAUCUUACCAAACAGCA